AUGGAGGCCUCUGAGGCCGGUGCCCCCAGAGAUGAUGUGAGCAGCAUUGUCUCCUUCGAGCUCGCCCACAUUGAUCCAAGUGUAAAAGACAUCUCGACAGCGUCGACCAUCGCGGUAUACGAACCCUAUCUCGACCGAGGGCCAUCACAUCGUUUGUUGGUUGGCGUCGACUCGACGGCACGGACAAAAUUUCGCAGAUGGAAAAGCACUCUGAAAUUAUAUCUCUCUUAUGGGAGAGCGGUCUUGACUGACACUUGGUGGCCCGAACUUCUGGCCCUGACGUUCAGCUUUUCCUGCUUGGUCGAGAUCACCAUCACCCUCAACUACUUCAGCGGAUAUCCGCUCUCUCGGCUGCCAUGGGGCUUGACGUUGAACACGAUACUUUCCGGCCUUGCUGCGGCUUCGAAAUCCUCCCUGAUCUUUGCCGUGGCAGGUACAAUGAGCCAGUGCAAAUGGUGCUGGCUCAAAUGUGGCCCGGCGCGCCAAAGGCGACUCGGACAUCUGCAGGACGUGGACGAAGCAAGCCGUGGCCCUCUUGGAUCACUCAUCUUGCUCUUUGGCAGCACCAUGGCAUCCCUCUGUUAUAUAGGAGCGGUCAUUAUCAUUCUUGGGCUAGUCUACGAGCCCUUCAUCCAGCAGGUUGUUAGCUUCCCUGUGCAUCAAACGAACGUAACCUCUCCAGAUGCUUCAGUGCAGCAGGUGGUCGGCCUGGACUACUACCGCUUCUCUCAGACUCUAAGGGGUUUCACGGUGGCCGGUCUCUAUGGCAGUUCUUUUCCCGACCGGACCCCGUCUUGCUCGACGGGGAAUUGUACCUGGGAUCCAUUCUGGUCCGUCGGUUGGUGUGCAAAAUGCGAGCAAAGGAAGCUCCAAUCUCGGUCGUGCAACUUGACUCCCAAACAAAUCGUUAAACAGGGCAAAAAUGUGACCAAAGCUUGUGAUUUCUCCUUUUCUGAGGGCAAUGCACUCAAAGCGACCUUAGAGGCCAGCACCGGCAGAAGCGGGAUGUGCUCCGAGACAAACCUGGACAACCAGCUCUCACUGUCUCUGAACUACACUCCUAUCUGGCCACUAUCGGUCGGGGCAUACGACCAUACCAACACAACACUUAUCACCAACUACUUUCAGGACUCUAGAGAGUUCCUUGGAGCAACGAACCCGCUUCUCGCUCUAGGUUAUGCCCCGCCACUGUUCUCAGUGCCAAACAACAAGACAACACUACCGGACACCAUGUCACAGUCUGCUUUGUGCUUCCUGACUCCAUGCGCCAGAAAAUACAAUGUGUCCGUUGUCAACGGGCGCACGAUCAACCAGACACUCGAGGUGAACUACGGUUCGAUAAGUUCAGAUGAAACGGAGCUCGGAAACCUCUGUUGGCUACCAACGACAGUGAACACCGUGGAUGAUGGGCCCCCAGAUGCCACUCCUCUCGAAGACCUUGGAUUUUGCUUGAUACAACAAAGUUGGAUUCAAGAGAUACUGUCCUUGCUCCAUGGUACCUUAAACGCGACCUGGAACCCGUACAGGAAUGAUUGCCUUUCGACCCCCGACGACACUGGCAACUUCAUCCUUGACGAUGUUCUGCUCCAAUUACAGGCUGAUCCGAGCGUGUUCCUUCCCAACGUCGCUACGGCUCUGACAUUCCUCAGUCACCAGGCCUCUUACUUCAACACUGUCUCAGGGACUGUCUUCACCAACAAGACGUACGUCGCAGUCCGCUGGGUCUGGCUGUCUCUCCCUCUAGGUCUGAAUGUUUUGGGACUCAUUUUUCUCCUGAUAACUGCAGUCUACACCAAACGGAAUAAAGUACCGUUAUGGAAAUCCUCGGCCUUUGCGCUCCUCUACCAUGGCCUAGAAGCCCACUUGGUGGACGACGAGAAAACGUAUGAGACCACCAGCGACAUGGAGAAAGCUGCGAGCACGACGGAAGUCUCGCUAAUGGUUUCUGGUCCUGGGCGGAAACGCCUGCUCUUGCAUUCUGACGAUUGA